CGCGAAUUUUGCGCUUGCCGGAGUCCUGUCUACUUGACGUUUAGGCGGUUUGUCGGCGCCCACAACAACAUGGGAACAGCGUAUAUCGUCACCGUUUUGUAUUUUGAAAGGGCGUGAGAAAUGUAUGGUGUCAUCCCGAAUCAAAAUGUCGGAAUUCGUGCGUUUAUUCCUAUAUGUGAAUCAAACAAUACCCAAGUUCAUCCUAGUAUACACAUAGUACCUGGUGGUCAUGUGUUUAAAGAAAACAAACUAAAAAUUGCCAAACACUGCGGCAACCUUCCUUUGCGGUUUCAAGGGAGCAUUACUGAUUUGUCGAAGAAAUAUCUCGGCGGGAUGGUGAGCUGUAACGCGGACACAUACCCGAGUUACUCACAUGCUCUCACUAAGAAGCGUAAAGCUCAUGAGGCAAACUUGCACCUCCAUGAUGAUUCCUCAGCACCGCAGAUUCAGUGCCGUUACGCUCCUCCUUCCCCUGUUGGUUUACCUCAGGGCACUGGAGCUCGCAUUGCCUUGAGAAACAGCACGAUACCGGCAAAGCAGGUUCACCACGUCCCAGACUGUACUACUGGCCUCAUCGUUCCUGGAAGCAGUGGAUCCAUCCCGACUUUCACUAAUUACGCAAACCAGACUGCCGUAGCUGCUUCAAAAACGUGUCCGAAACCCGCAGCAGCACAGGGGGACUAUGCUAUUGUAGUGGGUGAAAUGCUCCGAUCUUCCAACGAAUCCUACGAGGUUUUGGCAUUUCUUGGCCGUGGUACUUUUGGCCAGGUAGUGAAAUGUCGUUGCAGUUCGACCAAACGGUGUGUUGCUAUCAAAAUAUUGAAGAAUUUGCCAUCUUACCUCCGACAGGGGAACGUAGAGAUCCAGAUACUUCAAACCCUGAGUCAACAGGAUACCGAGUCACAUAACAUUGUGCGGGCCAUCGAAUGCUUUCAGCACAAAAAUCACAUGUGCUUUGUGUUUGAACUGCUAGAACAAAAUUUGUACGAGUAUUUGAAGUCAAACAAAUUCCGCCCCUUAUCCCUUUUGGAGAUUCGACCUAUCACACAACAAGUUCUGACAGCUUUGUCAAAGCUGAAGUCCCUCGGCUUGAUCCACGCUGAUUUAAAGCCCGAAAAUAUUAUGCUUGUCUCUUCGACAACUGGAAUCAUGCGCUAUCGGGUAAAAGUAAUUGACUUCGGUUCAGCCUGCCACAGUUCGAAAGCUGUGCAGAACACAUACCUCCAGUCGAGAUACUAUCGAGCCCCGGAAAUAUUAUUGGGACUGCCCUUCAACGAGGCAAUCGAUAUGUGGUCUCUUGGGUGUGUUAUCGCGGAGCUCUUUCUGGGAUGGCCGCUUUAUCCAGGCUCUUCAGAAUACGACCAAUCUCCUACAGCGCAUCCAGAUCAUGCAUCCGACAUUAUGGAGCGAUUUCCAAUUGUUUUCCAUUCCGGUCUCGGUCAGUGCACUGCGACACAAGCAGUCCUCCACCUCGUGCCGGGAGCUACGCCAGUCUUCCGUCCAAAGAGACCAGUUCCGUACGCUUCCCUCCCACUGGUAGAUGCCGAACUUCAACGGUUGGAAGAACAAGGCGUUCUGUCCCCUGUAUCCUACUCUGCCUGGGCAGCGCCGAUCGUUGUGGUAAAGAAACCUAACGGUGGCAUCCGCAUAUGCGCCGAUUUCUCAACCGGCCUAAAUGCAGCUAUCCAGCAGCACCAUUAUUCACUACCAGUACCCGACGAUCUAUUCACUGUUCUGAACGCCGGAGGAAUGGGUUUGGCCGAAGAACCCCAUCUUGAGCCUUUCACUCAAAAGUCUGACCCACAAAGCAGUGGGAAAACGUACGGUUUUGCUCGGGGACCCUUCCCCUUGUCUUUGACGCGAAUGCGGUACAUUGUGGAAACACAGGGGCCCCCUCCUCCGGAUUUAUUACAGAACGCAGGGAAAUGUAGCACCUUUUUUAUUCGGGAUCCGUAUCACUGUGAUUGGAGACUAAAAACUCAGGAAGAAUACACCUUAGAAACUGGUCAACAAGCGAAAGAGGCGCGAAAAUACUUCUUCACUUCGCUGAGUCAAAUCUGUGAAGUACCCGGAGUCCCAUCACCGAGUGAUCCAGACCGAGAGCUGGACAUCGAAGACAGACAGCAGUUCGCAUCCCUAUUGUCGCUCAUGUUGAAGAUGCGUCCCAGCGAACGGGUGGUCCCUGACAGUGCCCUUUUACAUCCUUUCAUCACAAUGCUGCACCUACAGGCUUACCCUUUUUCCAAACGCUUCCACGAAUCUCUUACCCUCAUGCAAGUUUGUCACGAGGCGACUCGUAGACAGCACCUUUUGUCUGCACGGUCCAAUUUGCAGCAGUUCAGCUCGCUGCCAUCCUUGCAUGAGCAUUCGUCGACAGGGAUAAUAUCUACCGCUCCAUCUCCCGACAGUUCAACCACGAAAGCAAUGCUGGGGCCGGAGGCUAGCAUUUCUCUCCCACACACGUCGAUGUGUCAUCCUAGUGGCUCAGCGGUCGCCUACUAUGCUGCGGCAGCCGUUGCUGCCGCACUUACAAAACCUGCUUCGCAGUCCGUUGUGGAAGAACGGAUGUUCUCCGAUCCUAAUAACUUGCGUCAUUAUAGGAUGCCGAAUUUAGUUAAUGAUACCAAUCAGCAGUCAUCUGUCACCAUAUUCAACAACACACAGAGCUGCGCAACCGCUAUGGAACCCUCUCCCACCACCGUAUUUUUGGCCCAUCCAAAAGCGGAUGUUUAUCAAAGCACACAAGAUGUUCAUUCUGGAUUCCUCGGCAACCGUGUUUCCGUACCCUAUUCACUGUCACUUUACGACCUUGUCGCAGCUAGUGGCAACGCUCUUUCAUUAUUGAAUGCCGUUGCGGCUCCUGUAUCUUCCAAUUUUGUUGCCGCAUCUGUCUCUAAUCACCAACGCGUGUCCUCUCACAGUUCCCGGGGUUGUCUUUAUCAGCUAAGGCAACCACCCAUCAACAGGUCGGAACUCGACCCUCGGCUUCCUGCGGAACAAGCAGAGGAAGCUGCUCUGGUUCUGAGUUCUUACAUUGGUCAGGAACAAAGCCAGCUGCACCGCUGUGAACCCUAUAUUUCGGUGAACGUCGCGCCAACUACUGUUUCUUCGACAUCACUAGAAACCGUGGAUUUACGUGACAGAUUAAAUGCGUUCGUGCAGCAGCAGCAACAACAACAUCAGCAGCAGCAACAACAGCAACAACUCUACCGUAAUCCAGCAGCUGCUUUUGUCGCUGUUCAACAACGCCAACAGCAGCAACAACCUCAGCAACACCACAUUCUUUCUAGCCACCAACCUCAGGAACCAAUUCUGUUUGCCCCAUCGGCUGCUGAACUGAACUCACUGCACGUGACCAAUCCUUACCAAACUGGAUUACUUCCCAGAACGAGAGCGUUGGUUCAGUGCUCUGUCCCAACUUCACAACAACGUAUUCAGUUCCACCAAGCUAAACAACGACAAACUGCAGUGAACUUUCAAAGCAUUCCAGCCACUCGAGUUGUUGCCACUCAUCUGUUGUCUGGAUCGAGACUACAACCCCAGGCGGGUAUUGUCAAACCAAUUUAUACCGCGGCCAUUCCACUGAUGAGCAAUCCUGCGGUAUACGUUCAGGAGCUGCCACAGAACUAUACUACCCUCCUUCAGCAACAGCCUCACCACCAUGGACCCAAGAUCACUCCAUCUUACCCCCGCUCGGCAAGUCCGUCCUCGACGAUGGCAAGAAACAAUCAACUACUGACGGCAACAGAUCAAACAUUGCCGAUUAAUUUGGUCACGAGCGCAGAGUUGGACAUUGGCAGAGAACGGCCUCCAAUAACGCCAGAGACUUCCAAAUGGGCUCCGGAUCUUGUGAGUGAUUACUCCACAACACAACUGCGCCUCACUCCUGAGCGCGUGAAUGAUUCUCGGCCAAAAUCAAUCCCCUCCUUAUCGGGUGCGGAAUGUUCGCACGUUAAUGCUUGUUUACCUGUUGGUCGUGUGCAGCCAAUGAUAAAGCAAGAAGACUGUUCGUCCUCCACAUGCUUCUUGCCUUCACCCACUUUGAACUAUAUGUCGGGAAAUUUUCGUAACACUGCUGGGACUUCUAUCUACAACGAUGGUGCCACACAACGUCGCAUUCCACCUCAUUGCAUAACUCGCAAUUCGUAUCAUUCCGGGCAACCGAUGUCCCCCGAUCGUCCCAGCAUAGUCACUGCCCCGAGUACCUCAUCAACUCGCUCAAGUCUUCGCAAACAAUCGCGCCUCUCGUUCUCCCCCAGUGAUACGGAAUCUCAGACCGCCCACCAUCUAUCGGCCGCACACGCAGCUGCAGCUGCUUAUCACAAUCUUAUGUACUUCCAGCUACAACAACAGCAACAGCAUCAGCAACACAGAAAUCAGGUUCCUGCCGUUAAUUUUCCUACCAUGCCCGCAAUCCAUCUACGUGCUUCCCACCACUGUGCUGUUCCUCAACCCAAUACUGUACAAUUACCCAUUGUGAAUGAUGCUUGGCCCACCACCGCAUCGAUGCCCGAGCUGGAUGACUCCACAGCUGCAGCAGCCUCGUAUUAUGCGGCAGCUGCAGCUGCUGCCGCUGCUGCUGUCGCACAGCGUGAACAGCAACAACAACAAGAACAACAACAUCGGCAAGAGCUCGAACUGCUGUUAAACCAACAUGCGGCCCAGUUCCAUCCACAUCAGCUGUCGGCCGUCGCCGCGGCGGGCGAUCAGCACCAUCAUCUAAGCGCUCAACUCUUUCGGCAACAAUAGUAAUGCUUCAAUCAGGUGAUACACCAGUGUGCCCAUGGUUCUUCCCUUGGUUGUGUUGCUCCGUCCUACCUACCUCGAACCUUGUCGUUCCACAAUCAUUUGUGAUCCUGUUUGUCUCAACUGUCUUCGUCACGUUUUUGACAUCCUACUUGCGCAUUUGUGUGGUCAUCAACUACGUAAUCGUUUUGUUCACAUUCCUCUUGGUGCCGGAGAUUCAUUGCUUGCGCGUGUUUGCGUGCUUUACGUAGUUUCGCAUGACCAAAGCAACCGAUUCGCACCAUUAAACACUAAAUAUUAUACUACUUUCCAUAUGUAAAGAUUCCUGGUUACAUGAUUCCGUUUAAUCUGUUCCUCUUCGCAGGUAGUUGCUUUUCGCUCAAUCACCCUUAGUUUUGGGGGGUGCUUGCUGUUGAUGUAUUUUUUGUAUAUCAGAUUGAUCGCUACCCGUAUAUCUGUGUUCAUAGCAUGUUUGGUUGAGGUGAUACUGGUCAGUGACCAUACGCUCAUGUGUUACACCUUAACUACCCACCAGUCACACACGCAUCGUUCUGCGUUUUGUUACGCUCCAACCCGUUUGCCUGCAUUCGUUCAGUCAGUGUCGCGCGGUGCACACAAAAACCCACACAAAGAACACGCACGUACGUUCUGUGAUUUCCAGUGCAUUCCUUCUCGACUCAACGCUCGAGAGGCCAACAGUUUGUUUUGUGGUGUCUGUUUGUUCCUUUUGUUUUCUUCAUUCGAACAGGAACUGGGUUACUUUGACGACCGCGUUCUCCCCACGUGUGUGCGUGUGUACAGUCUUUUCUGUAUUAUCGUCGACGCCUUUUGUUCAUCCAACUCUAGCGUUUGUCCUCCAGUGCGUCACUGUUGUUUGUGAUUUGCGCCCCCUAAUGUAUUUGGUGAUCAGUACUGAG